CCGCUCCGCCACCCGCCGCCCCCGCUGGAGCCGCCGCCGGGACCAUGGAGGUCGUGGAGGCCAGCACCCUUCAGCAGGAGAGGCUGCAGGCCAUCGCGGAGAAGCGGAAGCGGCAGACGGAGAUCGAGAACAAAAGGCGGCAGCUCGAGGAUGACAGGCGGCAGCUGCAGCAUCUCAAGUCCAAGGCUCUGCGGGAGAGAUGGCUCCUGGAGGGGGCCCCAGCUUCUGCCUCCGAGGAGGAAGAGGCCAUGAAGAAACAGAUGCAGGAGGAUGAGGUGAAGACCAAGGAGCUGGAGGAAACCAUCCAGAGGCUGGAGAAGGAGCUGGAGAUGCUGGAGAACAGCAGCUCAGUGGCUUCGACCAAGGAGAACCUGGCAGAGGCAGCAGCCAAGGAGGAGAAGAAGGCUGAGGCUGUCCCCAACACGCAGAAGAGUCCUCUGGGCACAGUUAAGGCAGACAAGAGGGUGUCCAGCAGCCCCAUGAAGGCAGUGGAAGGCAGUGAAAUGAUGAAGGCGGCCAUGUACUCGGUGGAGAUCACAGUGGAGAAGGACAGAGUGACAGGGGAGACCAAGGUCCUGUCCAGCACCACCAUGCUCCCCCAGAACCACUGUCUGCAGGGGGUCAAGGUGUACGAGGACGAGCUGAAAGUGGUGCACGCGGUGAGCGCCGAGGACGGCGCCCUGCAGAACGGGGCUCACCCCCUCAGCUCCUCCGAGGUGGACGAGCUCCUGCACAAGGCGGACGAGGCCACCCUGAGCGAGGCCGCCGGGCGCCAGACCCCGGCCAAGGGCGGCGGCAGCGCCCCGGGCAGCCAGAAGCCGACGCCGCGGCGGGAGAUCACGGGGCUGCAGGCGAAGGUGCCGCCGGGCGAGGGGACGGAGCCCGGCCAGGAGCAACCCGUCACCAUGAUCUUCAUGGGCUACCAGAACGUGGAGGAUGAGAACGAGACCAAGAAGGUGCUGGGGCUGGAGGGCACCAUCAAGGCAGAGCUGGUGGUGAUCGAGGAUGCCGAGAGCAAGCCGGAGCCGGCACACAAGGACCACACGCCGCCCAACGGCACCGCCCUGGAGCCGGCGGCCGCCCAGCCGCUGGGCGAGGAGAAGCCGGGUGCCAACGCCACAGAUGCCAAGGAGGCCGAGCAGGAGACAGACGUGAAGAAGCAGCGCUGCAAGUGCUGCACGGUGAUGUGAGCCCCCGCCGAGCCCCCUCCGCCCCGGCCCCCGCUCGCCAGGCCCGGCACGGACACGGAGCCUCUUUCUGCAGAACCGGGGCGCUCCAGCGCGGUGCCAACGGGGCCGCAGCGGGCAGCGGCGGGCAACGCUCGCCCCAUCUGCCCGAUGCCGGCCCCGUGCCGCCCCCACCAGCGCUGCCCGUGGUAUUUAUUAGUGACCCCCUCGCCCCACCACGGCCCGGCCUCGUCCCCACCUGCCACCGGCACCGGGGCCUUUCCCUCUGUCACCGACGCUGUCCCGCCGGGCAGGGGGUCGGAGGACGACGCCGUGUCCGUAGAUGACUCCCCGGGAGCCGCCACCAGCGGGACCCACCCUCGGGCGAGCCCACGGUGGGCACGGGAGCCGGCCCUGUGCCAGCCCCUCCCUCCGUGCCUCCAUUGGCCCCUUCUCCAGCGGGGAAAGGCCUGGCUCUGCUGGCCGCUGCCUGCCCACGGGCAUCUCUGCUCCAUCUCCUGUCCCCAUCCCUGUGGUCCUCAAGCCCUUGGGGACAGAGCGUGUCCAGGCAAGGGAAGGGCAUCGAGGGCAGCGUCCGUCCCCUCCCUGGUACUCGGCUGGGGUAAUGGCCGGGGCCACCGGGGCUCCUGCAGGGUCACCCAGCCUGGCCCCAGGCCUGCUCUGCUCCUCCUGCAGGGUCACCCAGCCUGGCCCCAGGCCUGCUCUGCUCCUCCCGGGCUCAGCCCCACAUGUUGGAGCCCCUCACUCUGGUGCUGGCAGUGACAGCCAUUCCUCUGCCUCGGCUGCCAGCUGGUGCCACCGGGCUGUGCCAGCUGAGGGGGCUGCACUGUGCUGUGGCCAGUGCCCGUGUCCUCCUGGGGCAACUCGGGGGGCCCAGUGUUGUGGGGCAGGAAUGGGGUGGGGGUCCUGUGUUUCCUCGUGGCAGCAGGAGCGUGGCCCAGCGUCCUGUCCCCUUCCUGCCUCUGCCACUCAGCAGCAGCAGCUUUGCAGAGCCACGUUCUGGGGUCCCGGGCUGCAGCUUUGGGUCCCCCAGGGGGGGUGGGGCAGCCCAGUUCACCCCAGUAGUGGCACUGGGAGCUUCCAGGUGUCCCACAGAGAGCAGCCUCCCUGCUGCCCCACCCUGCACCCCAGCCCUUCAGUGGGGAUUUCACCACCAGCACCAGCGUUUUCUCCCCACUGACACCAGCUGGGGAACGCAGGGGGGCCCCAUGGUUUUUGCUCCCCUGUGCCCACAUCAGCUGGCCCUGAGCUGCAGCAGCUACGCUGGCAGUGCCUGUCCAGGAGCUUUGGGCAGGGUGCAGCCACUAGUGAGGGUUCCUUCUGCUGUGAGGCUGGGCAAGUCCCCUGGGAUCCCCCAAAACCUGUGGGGAGCAGCAUCCAAGCUGCCCAGCCCAGCAGGACACCGGUGGUCGAGCAGCCAGGGAUGGGACUCAGCUCCCCCAAGGAUGGGCUUUCCUUCCCCCCACUCCCCUUGUGUGAGCAGUGACACCCCCUGUCCCCAUGACAUCCCAGUUGUCCCCCAGUUCCCACCCUGGCUGCAGGUUUCACCCCAGUAGGGUCAUUGCAGGGCUGAGGGGGGCAGGGCUCAUGGUGCCACCCCUGUCCUGAGCCCUGGCCAGGCACCCACAGCCCCUGGCUGAGGCAGGGCUGGGGAAGGGGGGCUUUGGGAGGGCACUGCCAGGGGAGGGGGGGGCUUCUCCUGUCCCACCCGCUGCUGGGCAUCGCUGGAGCCCCAUUGCUGCAGAGCAGGGCAUGGGCUGGGUGCCACAGGGCAUCGUCCUGGGGGGAAUGUCACCUCUUGCCACCCCACAUCAGGGGCCAACACCACCCACCCCACCCCACCCUGGGCCCUGCGAUCCCCCCAGACCCAAGCUGGGGCUCCCUCCCCCCUUGGCACCCCCUGCCCCUCGGUUGGCUUUGACCUCCAGCCCAGCCCGGCCCCGGGGGCGGUGGGGAGCAGGUCCAGCCCCCCGGGCCGGGGCUGGGGUGUGAGAGGAGCGGGGGGUGGGCCUGGCAUCGUCCCCACGCGGUCCCACAGCCCCCUGACCCCCCCAGCUCCGCUGAAGUGCACUUCCCGUGCCCCUGAGCUUUUCACUUGUGCCGAAGCCGUUUGAAUUCCCUUCCCUUUCCCAUCCCACCCCCCCCCCUCCACCGUUGUUUGUAAAACACCCAAACCGAGCAAAUAAACUGUGUGAACAACCA